GCUUCCUCCACUAUCUGGGGGCAGGCAAAGCCUCGGCCAUCGGGGCAGGAGAGAGCCGAAGCCGCGCAGGCCCGGGGCUGCGAUGGCGGGGGACACCGGGACCGCGGGGGGACACGGGUGCUGCUGCUGACCCGGCACCCCCUUCUCCAGCUGGGCCGGGGAGCCGGGGGCCCGCUGGCCACGUCGCCCUGGGUGACCUUCCUCGGAUGUGGACUUGCCCCUGAGCAUCCUUCCGCCAGGCCCCAGCCUGGGUACCACCCGGGAGAUGCCCGCCUGCAUCCGGGCCCGGCGCGCCUUUGUGUCUCAGUGACAGCGCGGAGCCGCCGCCGAGCUCCCAUGGGGACCACGGAAGCCACGCUGAGGAUGGAAAACGUGGACGUGAGGGAUGAAUGGCAGGACGAGGAUCUGCCCAGACCCCUCCCUGAAGACACUGGGGUGGAGCUGCUGGGCGGCGCAGUGGAAGACUCGUCCUCUCCUCCCUCCACCCUGAACCUGGGUGGAGCACAUCGGAAGAGAAAGACCCUGGUGGCCCCAGAGAUCAACAUCUCGCUGGACCAGAGCGAGGGCUCCCUGCUGUCCGACGACUUCCUGGACACCCCCGAUGACCUGGACAUCAACGUGGAUGACAUCGAGACACCGGACGAGACCGACUCGCUGGAGUUCUUGGGAAACGGCAAUGACCUUGAGUGGGAAGACGACACCCCAGUGGCCACUGCCAAGAACAUGCCCGGGGACAGCGCGGACCUGUUUGGGGACAGCGCGGCGGACGAGGGCGGAGCGGCCAACGGUCGCCUGUGGCGGACCGUCAUCAUCGGGGAGCAGGAGCACCGCAUCGACCUGCACAUGAUCCGGCCGUACAUGAAGGUGGUCACUCACGGAGGGUACUACGGGGAAGGCCUCAACGCCAUCAUCGUCUUCGCUGCCUGCUUCCUUCCGGACAGCAGCUCCCCCGACUAUCACUACAUCAUGGAGAACCUCUUCCUAUACGUCAUCAGCAGCCUGGAACUGCUCGUGGCUGAGGACUACAUGAUCGUGUACCUGAACGGGGCCACGCCCCGGCGGAGGAUGCCCGGCAUCGGCUGGCUGAAGAAGUGUUACCACAUGAUUGACAGGAGACUGCGGAAGAACCUGAAGUCCCUGAUCAUCGUGCACCCCUCCUGGUUCAUCCGGACCGUGCUGGCCAUCUCCCGGCCCUUCAUCAGUGUCAAGUUCAUCAGUAAGAUCCAGUACGUGCACAGCCUGGAGGAGCUGGAACGGCUCAUCCCCAUGGAGCACGUGCAGCUGCCGGAGUGCGUCCUGCAGUACGAAGAACAGAGACUCAGAGCCAAGAGAGAGAGCUCACGGCCCCCACAGCCCGAGUUCCUGGUUCCCAGGUCCGAAGAAAAACCGGAGACAGUGGAAGAAGAGGAUGGGUCAGCGGAAGCGACAGAAGACCAGGAGACAAGCAUGUCCUGAUUUAACCAGAACCUAGAGAUGGACAGAGAAGACUCCAGACACCACAUAACCUCCGUCAGAGGCCUGUGGGCCCCGGACUUCAUCCUGCCUCAUCCUGCGUCCAUCAUCCGAGGACACCUGGCUCCUUUGUCCCUCUCUGAAUCGUGGUGUCCUCUUUCUCUGCUUGAGUACAUUUCCCUGUUUUUAUUUUAAGAAGGCGGCACGAGCAUAUUCUGGAGUGGAGCACAUCCUUGGCCUCUACCCUUCCACACCCUGAGCUUGGGGUUGGCAAAGCUGGAUACGGGCAGUGUCACCCACGGGUCCUAUGUGGCCUGGGCUCUUCCUCCAGACCUCAUAGCCCCAGGAUGCCUCUUACUGCCCCAGCUGGGGUGGCACAAAUGUGCAUUUUGGACUGACCCAAUGAAAGACCCUUGGCUCACCUGUCGCCUGUCCCUGGCUGGAGCCUCAGAUGCCCUGGUGGCCCUGGCUGUGGCUGCAUCUGCUUUUCUGUGGAAUGUACCCACUGUCUCCUCUCCCUGUCACCCCAAGCAGGGCUGUGACUGCCGACCUCACAUCCCCAUCGACACCCCCUGUUCUGCCAUUUGACUGUCUUCAGGGGCCUUCAAGCCCUUUGCACACAUAUUGAUCAGCCUGGUGGUCCCCAAACCUCCCCCCAUAAUCUAGAACAUUUUCAAGUUCUUUAAAGUAGGUGUGACUCCAGGAGAUUUUAACUGACACCUCAUCCCAAGGGAAGGAGUUGCGUCCACCUUCCUGUCCCCUGCCUGGGCCAGACUUCGGUUCUGUGUCACCAAGCAGAAGAUUGAGACUACUGCUCCAUGUAUGAGAACAUGAAGAAAAUGAAGAUACAGGGGUGCCAGGGGAUCUGGGGAACACCCUAAGAAAAUACGUCCCAGUGGGCAGCCACUGCGGCCACCUGACCUCCAAGUCAGGGUCAGAGAACGAGUUUGGCUUGAUGACUUGACAGUCAGGGUGGACUGUGUCCAGACACCAUAGGAGUGUGAGGAGCAAGCCUCCUGUCUCCAGGGGCACUUAAGACCAGAUGACAUUUGCAAGGAGAGCCCCCUGUGAUUCCUCAAGACCUGGUGGCGCACACCUUUAAUUCCAGCACUCAGGAGGCAGAGGCAGGUGGAUCUCUCUGAGUUCUAGGACAGCCUGAUCUACAAAGCGAGACCCUGUCUGUGAGAAAAGAACACACAGGACCCUGGGCCUUGCCCUCUCCAAGGCUGGAUUCCAUCCACCCCACCGUGAGGCGUUUGUGACAUGCCCUUUGCUCCUGAACCUCUGAUGGCCCCAGAAGAGCAGCUUUCCACCUGGAGAGUCACGGUCUCCAGCCCACAGCACCCGUGGAUCUGAGAGGACACACCACACACUGGGCCUCCACUCUGUGGCCUUGGGAGGGGACCCGAGAGAGUUGUUUGGGGUGCUGGGUUUUAUUUUGUUUUGAGACAAGAUCGGCCUGGCCUCAGACUCCUGAUCCUCCUGCCUCAGCUUCUGAGAGCUGGCCUGGCAGAUGCGUGCCCCCAAGCCUGGCGAGGGCUUUGUAAGUUGUGUUUAUCCAACGUCAGAUAGAAGAGGGGAACCGAGAUGGUGCCCCCAGGUCCGGGUCCAGGCCUCUUGGCUUUUGGAAACAGAAUCCUAGAGACUUUUCCUGCCAGGGGGUUUCCGGUGACAACCAAGGCCAUCACAGCACAGCUGUGGCAGGGAGGGACGGGUGGACACAAUCCCGCCGGCCCUCAAGGGUCUGAGGUCCCGCCCCCAACCCUGGGCUGCCUGCUACAUCUGUCCCCCUGCCACCGUGGAGUGCCCACCACCCCUUUGAGAUUACCAGCACCCACCGACCACAGGGAAGCAGGACCCAGAACCGUGGCCACAGAGGACCCUGAAACAGGAGAGAAGCCCUGCACUGCUUAAUAUCCCAGUCUGCACAGGACCACUACUUCAGGUUCCCGGGGGACAGUCUGAGGCAAGACGCAGAGGCCCAGCAGCCUGGUGGUGAAGGGCCGCUGGAUUUCUCUACAGAGAUGCCCAGGAUCCAUUUGAAAACUUGCCCAGAGCAACCGUGUCCACCGUCCACCAGCGAGUUGUGCAGUCAUAAACAUGGAGACGGUGGGCACAGUCGCUGUGGUGACAUGAGGACCGGCGAGCUGGGGGGGGGCGAUUUUUAUGUGAAAUAAAUAAAUUAUAAUGCAGAGGGA